CCGACUCAGAGCCCGGGAGCUCAUUCACUCGCCGAUCGUCGCUGCAUUCAGAUGGCCGCCUCAUCCAUUUCCCUUCAUUUUCCGGCUGGUAUUGCCCACGAGAACAGCAGCAGCAGUGGGUGUGGCAGCGGAACAGCUCCGGACUCGGAAGAUUCUCAAACGGGUGCUGGAUUGAUGGCUUUCACGGGUCAGGACAUCAAUAGCAUCAACAGCCAGAGACGACGUCCACCACGACAAAAAAUCAAUGCCAGGGAGCGCUACAGGACCUUAAGUGUCAAUGCCGCAUAUGAAGCCUUACGAGGCUUGAUUCCUACAGAUCCUUUGAAUCGCAAACUUUCUAAAAUUGAAAUUAUUCGACUCGCCAGUAGCUAUAUCACUCACCUCACCAGUACUUUGCAUACAGGAACUGACUGCCAGCCGUGCUUGAUGCACAAAUACGAAGGCGAAGGUCUCGUUAAACGUAUUAGCAUAUGUACUUUCUGCUUUACAGCUAAGUAA